AGCUGCUAAACAGUUCCAGCGAAACAUAUUUUUCAAUCACUUUAGCCCUGGAACUGCCCAGAGUUCGCUCCUCGCUUGUUCACGACAAACGCAUAUUUGCGCUGUGGUAAAAUAAUCGCGCGCUGGGCAGUCCCCGCGUAAACCUAGCAUCCUAUAUAAUGAAUCUCUAACCGCAGCGUGUUACAUUUCGUUAAAAUAGAUUUUGGCUCGACCAUGCUUCCUUCUACUUGGAGCCCAUCCGUGCCUGUGGGCCGGUCCCGCCGGAUCGGCAGUCUAUUGCAUUCUCCGAUUAGUGUUGCACCUAGUAGCCACUCCGAAAGAGCGCACCUAACCGAUAAGCUUUACCUACGACGUCACGUUGUACAUGCCGGUGUCAGAACGACAUGCCUGGCGGUCCGAACUGGACAAGGGGGUGCCAGCUCGGCAUAUCGUGCAUCCAACACAACAAUCGUUCUAAGCAGGGGAUACCGCCUUGCAAGACAAUGGGUGUCAGCUUCCAAAGCAAGGGGCAUUACUGGUACCUUGCCAAGCAAGGGAUGUCAGCUGAUUUCCAAACAAGGGUUGUCAGCGUCUCCGAAGGAGGGUGUCAGCUCGGCUAAGGGUGCCAAGGAGCCGCAGGUCCGGCAGGAGCGCAAGAGCAAGCGGCCACCCGCCAUGCACGCCACCACCACUGCGCAGGUGCAACGCAUCUGGUCCGAGUACUUCGCCUCUCCUGCCGACCAGCAACAGCAGCAGCAGCAGGAGGGGGCAGCUGGGGAGCAGCAGCAGCAGGCAGCUGGGGAUCAGCCGCGGCACUACGGGGCGUACGGAGACGCCACAGCUGCGGAGGAGGCAGCAUCUGCUCCCGGCGGCAGUGGUGCUGCGGGAAGCGGCGGCAGCGGGGCCAGCGCGGCGGGUCCCGCCGCUGCUGCUGCCGCCCACGGGUCUGCAGCUAGGACGGUCGCCCGGCCCGCCCGGGUGGAGCUCAAGAGCUGGACGCUGGAGGAGCGCAAGGCGACGGAGGGCGGCCGUACGCUGUACGGGGCGGCGGUGUGCGGCGACGUGCGACUGACCCCUGGGUCGGUCAUUCGCCUCGGCGGCAGCGGCGGAGGCAGCAGCACUGCCAAACGCGGCAAGGAGGUCAGUGACAGCAGCGGUGAUGAGAUGGAGGUUGACGGCGACGGCUCGGGUGCUGGUGCUGCGGAGGAGGGCGCGAAUGCGCCGACGGCUGCUGAGCGGCUGGAGGAAAUGACCCGCGGGUCGUUUGGCAUGGUACAGUGCAUAUUCACCGAGUCGGCCAGCAAGGGGGGCAGCAAGGAGGGCAGCCCGCAGAUACAGAUCCGGGUGAUGCUCCACGGUCGCGACACGGUGCUGGGUGACGUGGCGGGGCCCGAGGAGCUCUUCCUGCUCGACCCAACCGCGCGACCCAUGGUUCCGUCCAGCAGCGGAGGCGGCAAAUGGAGCGGCAGCUGCUCCGCCGCCUCCUCAGCAGCAGCAGCAGGGGUGCCUCCAGCUGCCGCUCGGGGUUUGCUGCGUGUGGUUCCGCUGAGCGGCGGGUCGGUGGCGGAGGUGAUGGAGGUGCGGGCGCUGACCGGCCGUCCCUGCGACCAUGCACGCAGGCUGGAGAACGCCAAGGCCGACCUGGCCCUGCACGCCGCCAACCUGGUCCGGGCCGCCUCCGGUCAGCCUCCCGUGCUGGUGUACCGCAGCGUGUACUGCCCGCUGCAGGGGAUGUUCCGGGAGCUCAGGAGCAGGGAGCUGGCGCUGGGGAGCUACGUGGAGGUUCCCCCGCCCCCUCCGGCUCUGUCGCUGCUCCCCGGCGGCGGCGGCUUCACCAAGGAUGGUGUGACCUACCGAGUGGGGGAGUUCAUGUACGUGAGGGCCGGGGCGGUGGCGGGCGGGGAGGAGGAGAAGGAGAGCAGCAGCGAGGAAGAGGAGGAGGAGGGGGUGGAGGAGGAGGAGGCCGCUGCGGGUAAGAAGACGAAGAAGGCGGGCGCCAAGGCCGGAGCGAAGGGGAAGGCGGCGGCGAAGAAACGUGGAAAGUCGAAGGCAGCGGCGAAGGUGGAGGAGGAGGAGGAUGACGAGGAGGAGGAGGAGAGUGAGGAGGAGGUGGAGGAGGAGGAGGAAAGCGAGGAGGAGGAGGUCAAGGAGGUGAAGAAGAAGGAGCGCAAGGAGAGCUUGAGGCGCCAAACGCACAAGGGUAGCAACGCGGGUCUCCGCGCCUGGCAGGUGGUGCAGCUGCUGGGGCUGGAGGCGGCCGGGGCAGCGGCGGGAGGCAGGGGGAGCGGCGGUGGACAGGUGCCCGUCAAGAUACAGGUCCGCCGCUUCUACCGCCCCGAGGACAUCUCCGCGGACCUCGCCUACCGUUCCGACUACUACGACCUGUAUGCGCCCGCAGCAGCAGCAGGGGCGGCAGCAGCAGCAGCAGGAGCGGCAGGAACAGGGGCUCUGAGCAUUCCAGUGGGGGAGGUGUACGGCAAAUGCCGGGUCAUGGUGGGGCGGCCGCGACCCAAGAACCCCGUGUUGGACACCUUCCUGGUGGUGGGCUCCUACGACCCCACCGACCCGCGGGUCACUGGGCCCCCGCCUGCCACCCUGGACCCGCCGGCAACAGCUGCAGGGCAGCAGCCCAAGCAACAACAGCAAGAGGAAAACAAGGCGGAGGAGGGACCUCUAGAGGAGGAGGAGGAGGUGGAGGAGGAGGGUGGUGCGGAGGCGCUGAUGCUGCCCACAAUGGACAUCUUUGCAGGCUGCGGCGGACUGAGCGAGGGCAUGCACCAGGCUGGUGUCGCUGACAGCAAGUGGGCUAUCGAGUACGACAGCGAGGCGGCGGAGGCCUUCCGCAUCAACAACCCCGCGGCCCGGGUGUUUUGCAACAACUGCAACGUGCUGCUGCAGGCCGCCAUGCUCAAGGCGGGUCUGGGUUCGGACUGCGUGGCGGCCCCCGAGUGCCAGCAGGCGGUGGCGGCGCUGGACGAGGCGACCCGCGCCGACCUGCCGACCCCCGGGUCGGUCGGCUUCCUGAUGGGCGGCCCGCCCUGCCAGGGCUACUCGGGCAUGAACCGCUUCAACCGGGGCAACUGGUCACAGGUGCAGAACAGCAUGGUGAUGGCCUACCUGUCGUACUGCGACUUCUACCGCCCCCGCUACUUCCUGCUGGAGAACGUGCGCAACUUUGUGGCGUACAACGGCGGCCGCGUGUUCCGACUGGUGCUGCGGACCCUGCUGGACCUGGGGUACCAGACCCGCUUCGGCAUCCUCAACGCCGGCAACCAGGGCCUUCCGCAGUCCCGCAAGCGCACCUUCAUCUGGGCGGCCCAGCCGGGGGAGCUGCUGCCGGAGUGGCCCGCAGUACGACACAUCUUCAUGUCCUCCCAGCUGGGGGUGCGCAUGGGCCCUAUGGACGCCAAGUGGGCGGCAGCACAGGCGGGGGCGGGGGGUAGCAGCGGCAGCAAGGGGGGUGCGUCGUUCUACUUUGCGAGUGGGCCGCCGGUGCCGGGCGCACCGCUGCGGGCGGUGACGGUGCGGGAUGCGAUCGGGGACCUGCCGGCCGUGGGAAAUGACGCCAAGGAGGAGGUCCUGCCGUACACCGGAGAGCCCGUGAGCGCCUUCCAGCGGGACAUGCGGGCUGCGGGUGGGCCUGAUGCUGACGAGGUUGUUCGCGACCACAUCGUGAAGCCCAUGAACGAGCUCAACCUGGAGCGAUGCCGCUGCAUCCCCAAGGGCGUGCCGGGGGCCGACUGGCGAGUGCUGCAGCAGAUCGUGGCGGCGGACCCGAGCAGGGAGUUUUACAAGGGCGACCCCGACCAGCCGCUGGUGCCCUGGUGCCUGCCCAACACCGCCGCACGGCACAACGGCUGGAGGGGACUGUACGGCAGGCUCGACCCGGCGGGUCACUUCCCCACCGCCACCACCGACCCCAACCCCAUGGGCAAGGUGGGGCAGGUGCUGCACCCCGACCAGGACCGCAUCGUCAGCGUGCGGGAGUGCGCCAGGAGCCAGGGCUUCCCGGACCACUACCGCUUCUACGGCAAUGUGCACUGCCGCCACCGCCAGGUGGGCAAUGCGGUGCCGCCCCCGCUCGCCCGGGCCCUGGGGCUGCAGCUGCGACGAGCACUCAAGGACAAGCGCGCUCGCGACACCCGGGAGGCCGCGGAGCAGCUGCGGGGGCUGCGCACUCGCCGGCAGCAGCAGUAGCGAGGGGAGGCAGCGGGGAGGGGGGCAAUGGUAGCGGGACUUCGCAGUUGUGGCAGGGUAGGGCAGGUAGCAGCAGAGAAGGUGUCGUAGCAGCAGUAGUACGGGGCCGUAUCGUUUGGUGUGUUCGCAGCUGCAAGAGCAGAUGGGCGAUGGCGGGGAGUCGGUAAGGACUUGAGUGGUCGGGAAGGGCAGGCAGAGCGGCAGGCGGAGGGUGGUUGAAUGAACACGGUAUCAGUGGUAUGGUAUCAGUGGGUUACCGGUACGUAGCAAUAGCAUCACAGAGGAGUAUUAGGGUUGUAGUGUGAUCAGCGAAUGCCGCGGUGACUUAAGCUGGUGGUUUGCUUAUUUGUGGCAGCAGGGGGAUAUGGGCAUUUAGAAUGCCGGCGACAUUCAAAUCUUGCUUCCCCUUACCAACGGGGCGGCAUGUCUGCUAAGUUCAUGGGCAUGGUCGCGAGGGGAUGUGUGUGGGCGUCUGCUCGUCGAGAAAUGUUGCUCAACUGCUUUCCUCCUGUGGGUGGGGGCGAGCCUUGGCUACCUAGAUCGCAUGCUGUCUAUGCCGUGGUAGGUAGUCUGCAAUACCCCGUGGCAGCAGCGCUGAUCAACACUCUAAUAUAAGAACCGUGGAGAUUAUCUUCGCUUCAGCACGAGCCCACUAUCGCUCCCCCACUGUACAGCAGCGCAAC